UGUUGGCCCUGCGAUUGACUGGCGACCAAUCCAGGAUGAACCCCGCCUCUCGCCCGUAGUCAGCUGGGAUAGGCUCCAGCUCCCCCGCGACCCUGACGGAUAAGCGGUAUAGAAAAUGGGUGGAUUAUCAAGGGAAAACUUAUCUCAGGAUAAUGAGACAAAUAACUCCUUUUCCCAAGAAAGCAACAGGUUGUUUGCAGAUUUUGUGCGAACACAAUCGAAGUGCAGGUUUCGUCGUUUCACUCUGUGCUUCGGCUCGGCCUGCCUGUCUGUAGCUCUGACCUUCAUGUCUUUAUGCCAGACAGACAGGCAACAAGUUUGGUCAGUAGAUUUAUAUAGUACUAAGUAGUAUAGGUAGUGGCAAAAUAAGGAAAUAAAGGCAGAGGGGUAGGGUCUUUGCACAUGCCAGGGAUGAUUCCUUUCAGAAAAACACUUCCUGUUUUUCCACUAUAGCAAUCUUGACAUCACUAUCUGUCCACUUUCUCACCUGGUUCUUCCUGCUCUCUCUGUCCUCGUUCUCUCCUCCCUCCUCUCUGCCUCUUUGCACUGACUGUCACCUCUCUUCCUCUUUGUGCUAUCAGACAAAAGUUUGGCAAUGCAGUCAAGUAUGAUCAAAACUGACAUUUCUUUAGGAUCAUGUUUGAGAUCAACAAACGUCGUUGACAAAUGGCGUGUGGAAGACACAGGGAGCACCACACCACUUCUAGAGGCACAUAAAAAAGAGAAAUGACUUUGUGAUUCUGUAUGUUGUUGUUGUUUUAUAGAUACUUGCUGCAUAUUACACCUUUAAGUUAUGUAUUAAAUGAGGAAGGCUGAUUUGAAUGAAGGUCUCACACAAAAAUUACCUUUGUUAUUACAUAAUAAUGAGAAAUAUCAGAAAGGGACUUUGUUAUCCCGAGAUAAUAAGAUAACCCACAGUUGCUCUCAUCUUCUGUAGUUUUGGUCUCCACCUACUGAUAAAAAAUACCUGUGACUUGUUAAUAUCUUUUUCCAGCUAGAGUUGCAGCAGGUAACUUUAUGUUUGUAUCUCUGGCUGCCAGCGGCGGUUGGCAAUAGUGGAUCUGGAGAGUUUAUGUGUUCUUUCACUCUACAUGUAGCCAUGUGAUUCAACUGUACUAUGAAUGUAUUUAUUAAUGCAUUUUUAACUAUUCAUCAGCAUUUGAAAUCAUUUCACACACGUAGUUACUGUCUUCAGUCCUGUGACAAUUGUACAAGAAUGUAACGCUUUGCAAAACUUUAUUUGUGUUUGAUGAAUUAAAAUCUCAAUUUUAUAAGUUAUAAUAUGUGUGAAGGCUGAACUACUGAGCGGGCAAAAGGGGCAACUGGUCCGGAGCACCAGGGUCUCCGAGUUCCCAAAGGCCCCUGUUUGUUUAUCUUGAGGUGUCACAUUAUUACGCUGAUGAAAACGUAGUUAGUUUGCAGUAGAAGUGAAAGGAAUAAAUUUUGUUUCUGUGUGGCAUCUGGCACACCUACCCAGAGGCGGACAUGAAAUGCAAGUUGAAAUUGUCUGUUGUUCUUCCUUGAAAUUUCCCUGUAAAAGGCUUUUUUAUUUUCAACCAGGCUAGCAGGAUGUCAGUGUUGGUCUGUCGGUUCACGGCUUUGGUCCAGAUUGAAAUAUCUCAAAAAGGAUUGACAUGAAAUUCGUUACACAUUUGUAUGUCCCACACAGAAGAAAGGCCAUAACUUUGGUGAUCCCUCUAGCGCCAUCUUCAGGACAAAAUUUUAAUUUAUUUGACACUUUUAUUUUUAACCAAAUAUUUGAAAAAAUAAUGACAUUUCCAUUAGCCUCAACGAUACUUUGUGUUUAGCAUUAAUUGCUUAUGCUAACACACUAAACUAAGAUGGUCACACCAGCGUGAACAUUAUCACUGUCACCAUGUUAGCAUGCUGUCAUUAACAUUUAGCUCAAAGAACAGCUGUGCCUCAUAGAGCUGCUAUCAUGGCUGUAGACUCUUCGGCCUGUUGCAAUAUGCAACACUAUAUAAUAAUUCAUACUGUUUACUAACUUUGUGAAGUUUAAUCUACUUAUCUUUAUAGUUUACUGUUUUUGUAGUUAGCACACAAGAAAUGAACACACUUUAUUGUUUAAAGAUAUUGCUGUGUAGCAUUAGCCACUAUUUAACAAUUUAACUAUUUCACUGAAUACAGUUCAUGUUCUCAAAUUAAUUUAUGUUUAAUCUAAUUGUAUCUAAACUCAGCUGGGGCCCACAGCUCAUUUUGAGGCCCUUUGGUCCCCCUGGUGGGUUAAUCCGGCCCUGUUUGUUGCUGACUCUCAAGUGAACAACAUUCGAGAAGAGAAGAGAAACAUGCACAAAUAAAACAUAAUCAUUCACACAGUUUUGAUUCUUUUUAUCAAGCACUAGUCUUCUGUCAUGUGCUCCACUUCCUGUCCUAAAUCUGACUAGCCGUGGCCCCCUUUAAGCCUAAAUUAGCCUUGCACCAGGGACACACACACACACACUUUUCCUGCCCUCAAAUUAUCUCUGUCUCAUUAACCUUAAACAUGUUGACGUAAAACCAUCACCGCACACAUCGACGCAAGGCCGGGUUAUUUGUUUGGCACCUUUCAACAAGAAAAACAAUUAAAAGUUCAGAGACAUAAUAAUGGUCAUUAAAAAAACGCAGUAAGGUAAUAUAAAAAGACACCGAGGGGAAAGUGUCAAAGCUCAAACAGAAGAUAAAUCAAUUUGAACACGAACAAAAUAAAGAAGGGGGUAAAAAUUAAGCUGCUUUAUUCUAAUCAUGACGGAUCACUAUGCAGCGUCUGUCCACACUGAGCGGCUGUGCUGAGUGUCUCAUGGGCCCGCGCGGUCCCGGACUCUGCCUCCCGCUGUCCCGCGCCCUGAGUGCACCUCUCGCACGCGACAGAGCCCAUCAUUGUGUCAAACGACCUCUCGUGGCUUGUCCGCACGCACGCGCGCAAACAUGCGAACUGGGAUUACAACAACUGGAUUGGCGCGCGCACUUGUAGCUCGUGUGUAUGUAAUGUCAUAUGUGACAGUUUAUAUGCGUGUACGUGUGUGUGUGUGGGUGUGUGUGUCUUAGUGUGCGCGCGCCGGAGCUGGCGCGAGCUGGUCCAGCGCCGCGGCGGCGACAGCGGUCACACGUUAAACAUCAACGACCCGCGCGUGUUAUUCUGCGGAUUGAGGGCUCGUGAGAUUUCAGCGGUGCGGAUUUGACCCAGUGUAUAGGAGGGCGCUCGAGAUCCACCGUUUUCACGCACGGCACGCACGUAGACCCGGUAAAAUCGUCACGGAGAGAAUCUGUGGAGAGAGUGUUCCUGCGCGGCCAGAGAGCAUCCCGACAGAGAUCGAGGUCCGGUGGGUCGGUUGGCGGUCGGUGAGAGUCGGUAGCAGCGCCUGGAGGGGAGGCAGGGAGGGACUUGUGCUGGACGCCUGGCCGAAGCUGAGCAUCCCACUCCCGGCAGCAUCCAUCCCUCCGCGCCUCAGCUCCAGCGGGAGGCCCGGAGCGGCAGCAGCAGGAUGUAGCAGCGGAUUAACGGAGGAGAGAGGGGCGCUCAGAGGAAGAGAGCGGGACCGAGCGGACCGAGGCGGGACGGAGGGGACAUGGGGAAGGACCAGGAGCUGCUCCAGGCCGUGAAGACCGAGGACUUGCUGACAGCUCAGCGGCUUCUACAGAGACCUCGGCCAGGGAAAGCCAAGCUCCUUGGCGCAGCGAAGCGGGUGAACGUUAACAUCCAGGAUGCAGAUGGGUUGUCACCGCUGCACCAUGCUGCUCUGAGUGGGAACAAGGAGCUGAUCUCUCUGCUGCUGGAGGCCCAGGCAGCAGUGGACAUUAAAGAUCACAAAGGGAUGCGUCCUCUGCAUUACGCUGCAUGGCAGGGGAAGACUGAGCCAAUGAAAAUGCUGCUGAAGGCAGGCUCAUCAGUCAACGGACAGUCAGAUGAAGGACAGAUCCCUCUCCACCUAUCAUCUCAGCAUGGACACUAUGAUGGGUCGGAGAUGUUGCUACAACACCAGUCCAACCCGUGUAUCUCAGACUCAGCUGGGAAAACACCGCUGGACCUCGCCUGUGAAUUCGGACGUGUCAGCGUGGUCCAGCUCCUGCUCAGCAGUAACAUGUGUGCUGCCAUGUUGGAACCGAAACCCUCAGACCCCAACGGAGUGUCACCUCUGCAUCUCGCUGCCAAGAACGGACACAUCGAUGUGAUACGGUUGCUGAUUCAGGCUGGUAUAGAUAUCAACAGACAGUCCGAGUCUGGCACAGCACUACAUCAGGCGGCCCUCUGUGGGAAGACAGAGGUAGUGCGCCUGCUGCUGGACAGUGGCAUCAGUGCAGGUGUGAGAAACACUCUGAGUCAAACUGCCCUGGACAUCGUUAACCAAUUCACCACCACGCAGGCCAGCAGAGAGAUCAAACAGCUGCUGAGAGAUGCUUCAGCUGCCAUGCAGGUGCGUGCACUGAAGGAUUACUGCAACAACUACGACCUUACCAGCCUCAACAUCAAAGCUGGAGACAUUAUCACGGUUUUGGAGCAGCACUCUGAUGGCCGAUGGAAAGGCUGUAUUCACGAUAACCGCACAGGGAAUGACCGUGUGGGCUACUUCCCCUCCAACAUGGUGGAAGUCAUCAAGAGGGCAGGUUCGCGGACCGCAGAGCCGAGUCCUCAAGGGUCCCCAACUCUGGGACAGCAGAGCAGCACCAGUGAGGAUAUCUGGGUGCUACGCAAACCGCUGGCAGGUGGCGAACGCAGUGGCAGCGUGGGCAGCAUCGGAAGUGUUCGGUCAUCAAGCAGCUUGCAGAGCUCUGGUAACACACAUGUUCUGACCACCCCUGCACCCAGUCCACACCCGGCAAGCACACCAGGAGUCAACACACACGGCCUUAACGCUCCCGGCCUGCACGCACAAGCCGAAGGGGUCAAGCUCCUGGCCACCGUGCUGUCGCAGUCGGUAAAAGCCAAGGAGCAUCUCUUGGAGCAGUCGCAGUCUGUUGAGCAGUCAGCGAGCUCUUCGAGUUGCACGGUUCACGAACAGCGGUCGUUUGAGCGGAAGGCAGAGGAGGAUGAUGGGAAAAAGCAGGCAGUAGUGGCGUGGCUGGGUGAGUUUCAGCUGCAGUUCUACACCACCCACUUCCUCACCGCGGGAUAUGAUCUAGACACCAUUAGCCGCAUGACCCCCGAGGACCUGACGGCAAUUGGGGUCAUGAAGCCUGGACAUCGAAAGAAGUUAACAUCAGAGAUCAGCAAGCUGCCCUCCACAGACUGGCUGCCAGACCACAAGCCUGCCAAUCUGGCGGACUGGCUGUCUCACCUGGGUCUUAGUCAGUACUAUCAGGUUCUGGUGCAGAACGGGUAUGAAAACAUUGACUUCAUCUCUGACAUCAGCCUCGAGGAUCUUCAAGAGAUUGGCAUCACUAAGCUUGGCCAUCAGAAGAAGCUGAUGUUGGGAGUGAGGAGACUGAAGGAGCUGCAGAGAGGAGAAAGUAGCUCUGAGCCCCCUCUGAGCCCCUCUACACCUCCAUCAAGUCCAGGUGGCAGCAGCGGUUCAGAGCCGAGGAGGGAGGUGAGGAAGCAGAGGGACGGAGCCCCCAGCCCACUGGCCAAACCUCGCCCAGGUAUCACACGUUCACAGACCCCUCCCCACACACCAACACAAACUCCCCCACAAACCCCUCCACACGGCCGCACCCAGCAGGCCUCCCCAAGGGCUCGGCCGCGUCCCUCCACCCAGAUGGCGGCAGCAGAUUCCAUACCGCUGCUCCGCCUGCCCAGCGAGGAGGAAGAGCGAAGGAGAACUCACAGUCUAAUUGGCUCAGAAUCAGACUCUAGAUAUGCCACAGUGUGCCGCAGCAGCUCUGCACGUACUCCCAAUGAUGUCACUGUUAACCGAAGCCAAUCAUCUGUCACCCUCCGCCCACGUCGGAAAGGUCGGCCCCCAACACCACCCAAAAGGUCCUGUUCUUCCAUUACUGGAGGAGACGGGGAUGGAGAGGGACAAGGGGAGGGGCUCCUCGGGCUGCCAACCUAUCGAGAGCGGCGAGCCAGUGAUUGCGGCAGCCUGGGAUCAGCUCUAAGAUCUCAGGGCUCAGCAGGCCUGGAGAGAUCAGAGGGGGCUUCUGGGAGUGUUCGCAGCCUUGCUGCUAUGCUGGAAACAUCCAUUGUGGGUGGGGCCAAAACCCUGCCGAGGAAUCUGGGAGGCAGCACCAACUACCUACAGGUGAGUCCGCCUACCCUUCGUCGCCAGUCAGGCGCAGGAGGUCUCGGAUCUGAGGACGAUGAUGUCUUAAGUCGGCGCAGGACCAUCAGUGGACCGGAAGGCCUCCCUGGUAGUCAAACUGACCUGUUACCACGGGAACCAGCCCUACAACGUCCAGAGCCCCGGCCGCGCUCCACCGUGGUCUCCUCAUCAUCGGAGAUCACGGACGGCACAGCAACGCUCCGAAGGAAGCCGCGUCCCCUGGCAACUGACUCUGAGGCACCUGCAUGUGUGGCUACCACUGUUGUGACCAUGACAACCGGCUCCGACACCAUACGCAGGAGACCACACACAUCUGAACACGCAGAAAGGGUCAUUCAAAGCAAUAACCAGUCAGACUUACCCAGCAGUCAAACAGACAGUAGCCGGAAAACUGAGAAAAGCGAGCCACAGCAGAACGGCGGAGUGGUCCUGAGGCGGAGGCCGGUGUCCGAGGUGUCCGAUAGGACGGAGACCAACAAAGAGAGCUGUGAGUGGAUGGAGGCCAGGAAGUCUCUGAAGCCGCCUGUCUCACCCAAACCGUCAACAGUCACCCUGAGGAAGGCACAAGCUGACCCCCCAACUCCGACCCGGAGGGUCCCCAUACCUGGGCCUGAUAAUACCGAGACAGCACAAAGCCCUGAGCCAAAGCGAGUUCCUCCUCCCGUGUCCCCAAAGCCCCGCGGGCCUCCUACAGCACCUAAACCAGGCAAAGCAAUAGUAACUUCAGCUACCAUGAGUCCGAGUCCUGCUGCUACCAGCCCAGCUGCAGCCAGCCCCACCCUGACUCCCAAGCCCUCCUCACCGCUCUCUGCCUCCGCCCCUCUUCCAGCUCCUGACACCCCUUCUGCUCCCUCCCUCUCUCCGGGACUCCCUCUCACUUCCUCCUCUCCGGCUCAGAGUCCCUCCACCCCUUCUCCACACCCUGUCAAACCACCCCGCUCCUCCAUCGCCGGUCUCUCCAUCGACCUGCUGGGAGGACGGGAAGUGGAGGAGGAGGAGGAAAGGAGGAGAGAGGAAGAGGAGAAGAGGAUGGAGCGCAAGAGGCACAAGGAGGGAGAGGAGAUGAAGAAAGAGAGAGAAGAAGAGAAUGUGAGAGAGGUGGAGGGUCAAGUAGAGGAAGUAAAGCCGCAGGAGGAGGUACAGCAUCGUUUGGAGGAAACCAGCGCCUCCUUGGCUGCAGCUGUGCAGGCUGUAGAACAUAAAAUCAAAGAGGAGGACGCUCAAAAUGACUCUCUUUCCAGCAAAAAGACAACAGUCUCCAUCUUGGAUGACAUCGGCAGCAUGUUUGACGACUUGGCAGACCAACUGGAUGCAAUGCUGGACUGAUCUCCUGCCAAUGUCCCAUUUCUACCAAGACCUUUUCCCGCUCUCCCCCAUCAUGUGUAGGUGUAUCAAGAAAACUCUCCCAAGGCUCGAUACUGGCGCUCUGAGAGUGAGUGAGUGUGUGUGUGUGUGUGUGUGUGUGUGUGUGUGUGUGUGUGUGGUGAAGAGUGUGUCCCUCCUGCAUGAGUGCUUCUCAUGUAGCCUUGUACAGCACACUGAGGAGGGAGUCCUCUUCGUGUGGUGCGGUAGCUCUGGUAUGCCUCCCAAUGCGAGGAGGCCGCUCCCACACAACCUCUGACCUCUGCAGCCCAGCGAGUCGCCACCGCUCAGCCUCAGAAGGCUGCGUGCAUCGAGAAGCACAAUCAUUUUCGUCAUCCUUGUAUCUCUACAGACUCUGGCAGAGAUCCUUACUCAGUCAGACAGGGAGACAGACAGAUAAGCAUAUUGCUUGCAAAAAUAAGCACAUAAACUGACUGACUGACUGACUGACAGACAGGCGGAUAGAUAGCUCCAUAGAUAGACAAGACGCAUACGGAUGAGGUACCCGAGAGAAUUUUUAAAAGCACAUGGACAGACUGGCCGCUUUCUGAGUCCGUCUCACUCCUGCGAUGUCAAAAAGGAAGCUUUUUUUUUUUUUUCCAAAUCAAUCAUAGCCUCUAUUUCUCUUCUGUGCGAGUGAAGGAUUGUGGUUAGUCGGACUUCCUGACCUGUGUGUUGUCCCUCUCCAUGUUGUUGUUGUUGCCGUUGUUGUUAUUGUUGCCGUUGUUGUCGUUACGAGUGUGUGUAGUCCCUGCUGAUGCUCACGUCAAUGUCCUCCCACUCGUUCAGUAGUUAUUCUAAUGAUCAGAACGACGAUAUAGAUGUGUGUCCAUGAACUUUGAGACACAAACAUAAACAUAAACACACACACACACACACACACACAAAUGCACAUUACAUUACAUUGGUUGUAAUCUCGCUGGUGUUCUGCUUUGUUGGUGUUUAGCUCCAUCUAUGGAGGUUUGUUUGGAAAUGAAUCUAGACAUUUACAUGCACAUCUUUACAUGCAAAGACACAUCCCGGUAUAUACAAGCACACUCAUGCGGUGUAUCCCUUUGUCCUGCUGCAGUGAACAGUGUUUUUAAAAGAUAAUCCUAUAUAUUUCAAUGCUUUAUAUAGUACAUCCAGUAUACAUACAUAGAGUUUAUAAUAUACCUGGGUAUUUGAGCUGUUAGAGCUCCCUCUAGUGUUGGUUAGUGAUACUGCCUCUAAUCUGCCCACCUUCAUCUUGUCCCCUGCCCACCUCCCCUCCCUUUUAUCUCCUUCUGUGUCUGUUUUGUUGACUCUGCAUCUCUCUGUGCCUUGGUACUGUUCUUUCAUAUUCUCAGUAUUUUUUUUUUUUUUGUCUCUUUUCUUUUUCUUGAUUUCCAGUCCAAAAUUUUUUUCUGGUUCCUUUCAAACCCUUGCUCCUUCUGUGUGCGUGUGUGUGACGUCAAAAGUAGCAUAUAGGUUGAGUUGUGAGUCCUGUAUGAUCCCUAAAAUCAAUCACCCUCUCUGCAGCCCCCCCCCCCCUUGUAAGCUGUAAUAAAUUGGCUCUGCUCCUCCUUCAGUGGUCCCCCAUGUAGGCCAAACAGUGGAUCAGCCACUCAACCACUGGUGUUCCCAAUGAAGAUUCUACUUGUAUUUUUAUGCUCUUUGAAAACAAAGAUAUAUUUGAGAGACAGAUGGUCCUAUGUGAAUAAAAAUAAUAAUGCUAAUAAUGCUAAUAAUAAUGAUAAAUAAUUAUAGACAUUGAAUUGAGGUGAGCUGAUUGAGCCUGUACAUUUAUGGUUGAGUUCUGGAUGUGAUGUGACGGCUGUUGUGCCAUGGUUGGGUUUAGGUUGUGUUUCUGCUGUGACGAUGCAUUCCUGUACAGCUGUGAUCAGAAUAAAUGUAUAAAUGAAAC